UGUAGGAUAGACAUUAGCAUACAUGCACACAGAGCAGUGACUGCCUGGUGUGCGUGUGUGUGUGGGCAUGUACAGUACAUUGUAUACCACUCCACACUGUGCAUGAACAACACAUCUGGUCAGGCUUGGCUGCCAGCCUCUUUACCCUGUGUGGUCAUCCUGCACACUCAUUCACAGUGCACACACACACUCAGUCAGCCAAGCUGACUGAAGUGAAGGGUCUUGUGAGGGUCAGGUCUGAUCACCCUAGUUGCCUGUAUGCAACAGUGUGUGAGAGAGGGUGGAUGUGGUUGAGUGGGCAUUGCACUGUAUUUACCUUUACAGAAAGUUAAAACCCACCACUAAAAUUCCUGACCAGGCUUGAUCAGUCUGGAGAUUGUUUGCCUGGAAAAAGCCACAGUGAUCCAAAUACUGUGGUAUAUGACAGCAGGCACGGUGGGAGUUCCAUUCAUGACCAAGGACCAGGGCUUCAGCGGCGCUGUGUGGGUGGAGACAGGAGACAACCAGGAAGUACUGAUACAUAGAGACAGUGCAUUUACAUCCUAGGGUGUGUGCAUUUGGCUGGUGGGCUUUCAGGUUUGUGUGUGAAUCGGAUUGGUCCUGACAAGCAAGCUUCCCACACCCAACUCCUCCCCUCAGUCUUCAAAAUUUUUAUCACCACCUCCCUGGACGCAGACACAAGCGCAGUCUCCUUGUGGAUAACUCUACAAUUGCACCCCUCCUUCGUCUUUCUGCCUUGGAUUCUACGGGUUCUCUGCAUUCCACUUUCACUUGAUUUGCCAAGGCUCCUGGGAAAAAAGGAAGCCAAUUUUUGAAUCAACAUGCAGUGGGAUAAGCUAAGUCCCGGACAGUUUGAGCAGUUGCUGGACUACGUCACCUAUUCCCGCAAGACUCUCAAGGAUGUGCUGGAAGAAUUCCAUGGCAACGGUGUCCUCUCCAAGUACAAUCCAGAGCAGCCAAUCAACUAUGAAGGCUUCAAGCUGUUCAUGGAGACGUAUCUGGAUGUGGACAUGCCGGAGGACCUGUGCCGUCACCUUUUCCUCUCAUUUGUCAAGAAGACGCCCGUGGUGGCCACCCACCACGACAUCGCCAAGGGAGCAGGAGACAAUGCAAGCCCUGCCCAAUCUCGCAGCUCCUCCAAGAAAUCUAACGCCUCUAACGGCACACCUUCAAGUCAUUCCACAACCCAGGCUCUGCAGGCGCAGGCUGAGAGCCCCAAGAGCGAUGCAGAGGCAACGGUCAACGACCGGAAAAAGAAAGACAAGGAGUUCAACAGAAGAAGCCGGUUUUUGCUGUCCAUUCGGAAGAAGCGGAAGAAGAGGGGGAGGACCAGGAGCAGGGGCCAGGAGGACGGGAACAUUCAGGUCACCAUGGGAACAGGAGGGACCAACUACCCCAAUGUGGAGAACCAGGUGGUGUACAUGAAAGACAUCGUCUGCUACCUGUCUCUCCUAGAGGGUGGGAAACCCGAGGACAAGCUAGAAUUUAUGUUCCGACUUUACGACACAGACGACAAUGGAAUUCUUGACAGUAGUGAGUUGGACUGUAUAGUAAACCAGAUGAUGCACGUUGCAGAAUACCUCGGCUGGGAUGUCACCGAACUAAGACCAAUUCUCCAAGACAUGAUGAUCGAGAUAGACUACGAUUCCGACGGCACUGUGUCUCUGGAGGAGUGGAUCCGGGGGGGAAUGACCACAAUACCUCUGCUUGUUCUGCUAGGUCUAGAUACAAAUGUAAAAGACGAUGGGAACCACGUAUGGCGGUUGAAGCACUUCAGCAAGCCGGCCUACUGCAACCUUUGCCUCAACAUGCUGGUGGGACUUGGCAAACAAGGCCUCACCUGUACCUUCUGUAGAUACACGGUGCAUGAACGCUGUGUUCAGAGAGCUCCUGCCAGCUGUAUUAGCACCUAUGUCAAGUCUAAACGAACAUCAAAUACCGCAACUGCACGACAAUGCCUGUCCAAACGGGAUGCUGAGGUUUGGGGGGAUGUGCCGGUAAUGAACCAUCACUGGGUUGAAGGUAACUGUCAUGGCAAGUGUGACCGCUGCAAGAAGUCCAUCAAGAGUUAUGGAGUGACAGGUCUUCACUGUCGUUGGUGUAAGAUCAGGUUGCACAAUAAGUGUGCAUCAUUGGUAAAACCAGAAUGCAACAUGGGCGAGUUCCGAGAUCACAUCUUACCGCCUACCGCCAUCUGCCCUGCCGUACUGGGACGGGUAAAUUCUGUUCGCAAAUCAACCCAUGGCAAGUCUGCGUCGGCCAAUAUAGAGGAAAGGAGAAGUACCCUCACCCCAAAAGACAGUAACACAUCAGAGGACACGGAUGGACAAAGGAAGCUGGUGACAAGGACAGAUUCCAUGUCAAUGGAAGGACAGGGCCUGCAGAUCACACCUCUCCCUGGCUCCCAUCCCCUAGUUGUUUUCAUCAAUCCCAAGAGCGGCGGUCGGCAGGGAGAACGCAUCAUGCGGAAAUUCCAGUACCUCCUCAACCCUCGUCAGGUGUAUGACCUCAGUAAAGGCGGACCCAUGCCGGGAAUGAAAUUCUACAAAGAUGUGAAAGAUUUCCGAGUGCUGUGCUGUGGAGGGGAUGGCACAGUAGGCUGGGUACUAGACUGCAUCGAUAAGUUGGGCUUUGAUCCCCGUCCUCCUGUGGCCAUUCUCCCCUUGGGUACAGGCAACGACCUCGCUAGAUGUCUCAACUGGGGUGGAGGCUACGAUGGAGGCAGCCUUACUCGGGUUUUACAUGAUAUGCAGAAUGCUGAGAAUACGUUCCUGGAUCGAUGGCAUAUUGAGUUCAGCACAACCAGCACAGAUGAGCAAGGAGACCCCGUACCAUACAACAUCAUCAACAACUAUUUCUCAAUAGGCGUGGAUGCAUCCAUCGCCCAUCGGUUCCACACCAUGAGGGAGAAACACCCCGAGAGAUUCAACAGCCGCAUGAAGAACAAGCUCUGGUACUUUGAGUUUGGCACGUCAGAAACAUUUGCCGCCACUUGCAAGAACUUGCACGAGGAUAUUGACAUCAUGUGCGACGGCGUCUCACUAGACCUCGCUAAUGGCCCUUCCCUGGAAGGCAUCGCCGUGCUGAAUAUCCCCAGUAUCUACGGGGGCUCCAACCUCUGGGGUGAUACGCCCAGUGGCAAGAAGCGCAAACGGCUGGCCAAGAAGGCCCAGAAGAGACGGGAGAGCGAGGGCCACUCAGCAGUGAGCGGCACCCAGUCCAAUGUGGACCUCGCCUUUGCCAAGCAGUCCAUUGGAGACAAAAAGAUUGAGGUCAUUGGCCUGGAGAGUGCCCUUCAUGCCGGUCAGGUCAAAGCUGGUAUCCGCUCUUCGGGUCGACGGCUGGCCCAGUGCUCCACAGUGACCAUCCGCAUCCUGAAGCGUUUCCCGAUGCAGAUAGAUGGCGAACCCUGGCUCCAGCCUCCCUGCACGAUUGCAAUAACGCACAAGAACAGAACUCCCAUGCUGAUUGGCCCGCCACCCAAGAAGAGCUUUCCGGGGCUUCGGAACUUCUUCUCUCGACCCAGCAUAUCGGAGGAGGAUCCCAGUGACAUACGCAUGUAGAGACACUGACUGUAUUGAUAACAAACAUGUCGGGACAUAACGUGCAGUUUGACUACAGUGACAUCCUACAUGCCUGCUGUAUUUAUAAGACGUAGCAAGGCAAGACGCGUGUGAUGACAUCAACUAUGUUAUAUAAGCUGACAAGAGAAAUCUUGACAACCACAAUGAAAAUACUUGUAUACUUUUUUAGCACUCAUUGUGUGGAAGAAAACACUUGAACAAUAGUUGCUAAUUUUGACUCGUCAAAUCUGGAAUUAAUUUUAGUUCGUUGCAGUUGAAAACCUGCCAGAGUUGUGGAGCAUGGCUUAUUCUUAACAUUUUCCUCUGCGGAUGACCAGCCAAAACUGUGUAAUUUACACACUUGUCUGUGGCUGGUUGCUUCCUGAAGUCAGCUUAGGGACUGUUCUUGCUUCGCAGAAAUUGUUGCCUGCUAAGAAUUGAACUAGGUCAGAUUGGCUUCAAAAAACAGGUACACUUUUCUGUAACCCAGCUAUCACAAAUGACAGACUACUGAAGAUUACAAAAGGCGACGUUACAAACUGAUUUUUGCGAGGAGUAUUUUUUUAUUAUGUGCAUUCUGGAAUAUAUAUCAUUUUGUUUAGCCUUAAAAAUAAAAAUGUUCAUCGCCAGAGAAGAAAGACGAAAAGAAAAUUGUACCUUGAAAAAAGCACAACAAAACACUGGUAACUAUAGGGAUAUAUCUUAGUGAUAUUUUAAACAUUCUUUAAAUUUUAUUACACAGAGAAAAAGUAUUUUGAUAUUCUCUGAACUCACCUUUCCUAUUCAGUUCCCAGUUUCUUGAAACUUUCCAUUGACAGGAAACCAUCACACACCUUGUUCAUCAGCAGAAGAAACAACAAAGAUCCACCAAAUUAACAACGGAAGUGGCUGGCCCACGUACUGUUUAUUGGAAAAAUCCAGUGGUGUGGUUUGCACCAUCUUUAAAAAGCUUACAAUUGUUCACCUUGUUUUCAGAAAUACUGAAAGCUGGAGCAUUCCCAAUGCCUUAUUCUGAUAGACUUUUUUUUUCCUUGAAUUAUGUCUGUGCACAUGGCAUAUGCUCUAGAUCUCUUGUGGGAUGUACAGGGUAAAGACCCCCCCCAAAAAGCUACAUAACUAUAAAGUAGCCUGCAGCGUCUCCCAAAAUAAUUGUCAGAAAUUGUUUUGGCUGUCAUAUUAAUGGUUAGGAUGGUUUUUUUUCACUUCACUGUAAACACUUAAUUUAAAUCUGAUGUGUUGCAGAGAUAAUCUUGAUUACAUAGAACAAAUGCUUUUUCAUUCUGUCCAGUGUGAUUUACACAAAAAAAUGCUAUAAUUUUGUCAUUUCAAACAGUAUUCGUUCAUGUUAAAUCUUCUUUUAUUACUUUCCAUCAACAAACAGACGGGAUCCUGAACCAGUUCAAAGCGGUUGUUACAGAAGUUGUUAAUUUAAGGUCAGCACCUUGUUACAAAUUGACCGGAGAUAAAAUCAACAGGUUCAGCUGAAGUGGGUUUCUCUAACCCAAACUCAUUCAACUCUGGAACUAUCAAUAAGCAACCAUUGACUUCUGAAAGAAGCUUAGCUUCAUCAAGUUCAAAACUGUAAAGAAAUUUGAAAGAAGUAAGCAAUCCGAGUAAUUUUGUAAUAAUUUAGGAUUUGAAUUCAGUGACUGCAUGCUCUUAUAAGAUAAACUGUUUUUUAAACGUGUAUUGGAUGGAACAAAAAAUGAGUGGUAAUACGUAAUUGAAAAUGUCUUUGCAACACACCAUCACAUUUGAAUCAGGAUUUCAGUUUUGGAAAAGAUAACAUCCUAAGCUUCACUUUGAAACCAAAAACAAAAUAAUUUCCGAGAGUUAUUUUGGGAGAAAAUAAAAGUGUUAUUUUGGUGUUUUUUAAUGGUUUAUCUUUGCCUCAUACAUGUUUUAACAUCCACCCCAGAAAACCUUUAGUUAUAUUUGAUUUUUAGUUACCUCUGUACAUGCCCCUUUUCUUUCUCUCUUUUUGAACAAGAUUCUGUACAAACAAAGCAAAAAAACCACAAGAACUUAAACUUUAAAUUAUACUUGAUAAAGUCUAUUUUUUACAAGUGUGUUUUCUCUGGGUGUAAAUAACUUGGUGUAUGAAGGUUUAUUUUGUACUGGUUUUCAAAGAUUGGGCAUGUUGGUGGAUGGGUAUUUGCUUUGCCUUAUGACUGCAUUGGAAUUUACAUUGAGGCUGACUUUUGAAAAACCUAUGUUGAAAUUUCUUUCUUAUUUUGAAACAUCGCAAAAACUGCAGACGUGCUUGGCUGAGUGUUGAGCUUUGACUGUCCUAUUACAGUCUACAGCUUGCCCGUUCAAGCUUUUGUCGUUUUCUGCAGUAUCAGCUGUCCUGUUUGUGUGAUCACCACUUACUCCUCUUUAUUUGACCUCAAUGCUGCUUUCCAAAAAAUCUGCUUGAUAGCCUGAAAGUAACCACUUGGGCUCUCAUUGCCUUUUUUGUGUGUUGACUUCUCCAAUUAUUUAUUUAAAACACAUUUGGUAGUCACUGAUCACACUUUUUGGCCUUUACUGGGUAGCAAUUUUGUAUAAUAGUUGAAAUGGCAGCCGCCGAAGAGUGUGGAAACACAGCCAUUACUGCAACCACACCACAAUUGCACUUGAUGGCCUUUCAUUUUCCCCUCCAGUUUUCAAAAUGGCCAGAAAUCCUUGUUACCCUGUACCCUAUUUUGGCUACCUUUUAGCUACCAGCAGUUGGUCAAAAUGUAGAGCUCAGAGCUAUGUGAAUUGUAUAUACUUAUCACCGUAUAGAUCCUGCUAAUAUUUCUGAAGAUGUGUUUGAUCCUUUUUUUUUUAGGCAGACAAAAUCCUUUGCUGCCAGGAAUAUUUUCUUUUUGCCGGUUAAUUUAUAAGCAUUUCUUAACAGAGGCAUCACUUUAAACCCUCAUUACAUUUUGCUCAAUUUGUUUGUAUUUUUGGUUUUGACUUUUUGCUUCAUUUGAAAAGUUACUUUUCAGACAUUUUUCUGAAAUGCUUCAAAAACGUACUUGUUUUGUUUAAAUGGGUUGUCUGCAGAAUGUCAACUCUCACCUUUAAACUACAAAGACAUGAAGAAAAAAAGCACAUCAAUGCAGAAAACUUCGAUAUGUAUUAACCUUCGGAUGAUUUAUUUUCUGUUUAAAAUAUUAGUGACAUGAGUAUAAACCAUUUUAUUCAGACAUAUCACAUUACAAGUAUUGUUAUGAGGGAGUCUUUAGUUUAGCAUGAUUUUUUAUACAGAAUUAAAAGCAUGAAGCAAGUAAUUUCUGUCAUUUUUGGCAUCUGUUCUGAUUGCAUUUUUUUCCUGAAAUCCCUUCACUGCACAUCAUGAACAAAGGCCAAGCCCCUUUUGAUGUUUGGUCAUGGUUAUUAACAUGCAGAAUUUGCAUAUUCAACAAUUUAAGCUUAUUUACUAAUUAUAGGGAAGCUACUUCCAAGGUCAUUGCCGAGUCUUCAAUGCUUAAAGCUCCCUGACUAGUGAGUGAAUUGAUAGCAUAAGUCAUGAAUGUGCUCAUGAGAUGGGUGUGGCAUAUGUCAAGUGCAAGCAGUGGAUUGAUCCAUUCAUGACUUCAAACAAGAGAUGAGACCUUGUGAAAAUAAUCAGCCUUCACUUAGAGGGCUGUAGGUCUUUGUGAUGGUGGGGGCCUAGUGCAGACUUUUGUCAGAAAAAUUCAAUUGUUCAUUUUCAGCCUUCAUAAUCAGUAUAUUUACUGCCCACAAUGAAUAGUUUCUGCCUUUCUUCUAAUACCGAUCAGAUGUAUAAAGGUGUGACUUUAAUUUGGAUUGAUUGAGGGAUGUUUCUUACUUUGAAGAUUCACCAGUUCCUUACCUUAAACAUAUUGUCUUUCAUUCAAAUUUUAACCUGCAUAAUCAUGCAUUUAUAUGUACAUGUAUACUCUAGUUCCUGACGUAGACAUUAACUACAUGUUCAAAAUUUAUAUGACAGUACAGUGUAGAACUAUGCAUUUUGCCACAUUAAUUGAUCUUGUAUUUAAAUGUAAACUUUAUCAAUGUAUCCUUCACAUUCAUGGCCAAUUUCAUUAUGGUUUGAAUAUUCGUGGAUAUCAUUUGUAGAAUUUUCAAACACUCAUUUCAAAAGGGAGAUUUUUCUGAAGUCAUUACAUGUGACGUAUGUUGCAGAUUUUUUUUUUCUGAUUCUGCUGUAUGUAUUUUAAUUUGUCUGGUUAAUACUGAACUUUUUAAAAUACUGGCAUAUGCUGAUUGCAAAUGACUUGGCUACAGCUGGCCAGAACACACUCUCUACAGUAUAUGGUUUUAGCCACUAGCAAUGAUUUCACACAUAAUUUGCAGCCAUAGCCUGGUUAUCGGAAUACAGCCUACGUUGAAUGUGAUGGCCUGCGUAAUCGUUUGCUUCCCAGUUCAGCAAUAAGAACAUACAUCCAUGGACUCCAUGUGUGAACCAAAGAGGGCACUUUGGAAGAGCUUGCAUUUCACUGGUCCACCUGAGCUGUUCAACCCACUUAGGUUUUUUUUUAUCAGAAUGUGGUUGGGAAGAAGUGAGCCUGCAGGUAUAAAUAGAACCAAUGAUACCAGGGGAGUACAUGACCUACAAUAACAGUAAAAAAAUUUUCUGUCAUGGUGUAGGGAAGGCUACACUAUUAACAGCUUCGCUCUUUUCAAACCCCUGUUUUAUAUCUUUUGAACUGUUACGGCAUAAUCACCACCAUAUCUUAAAAUAGAUUUUGCUUGAUUGAGAAAAGAAAUCUUGAGUGUAAAUUUCACAGGGCAAUUGCUUUUGAGAUUGUUAUCAACAGUUUAUCAGCUUAAUCAGGGUACUUGUGACGCAAAUGUUUAAGAUGUAGUCUUGGCUUGUUAAUGAUAUAGAAAAAUUAAUUUUGAGACGUGAUUUGUGUAUCUUUCAUAUGAACCUUGAAAAAUAUGGCCUUUGUGAAAAUUAAGGAUUAAAAAUAUGAAUUUUAGCAUUUGUAACCAAAUCCACUUCAGGUGAAAUAACACAUAGCUUAGAUCAGUUUAGUCCAUUACAAAUGCGGCAGGAUAAAAAAAUUGACAUGAAAUGAAAAAUAGUGUAGGAAAAUUGGUAUACUCGUCUAUAGUGCUUUGAUGGUCCUGAUGAGGAAUGAGCGUAUUUUUUAUUUCUGUGCACUUUCUUAUUGAAAUUUCUUUGAUUAAACCCCAUCUUCAUUUCGGGGUAAUACAAGGCCUUUUGGAUGUUGUUUUGUAAGAGUAAAAUUGUCUUUUUAAAGAAGCACCACCUCAGUCGAAACAUUGGAUUUUUUUUUAUUGCAAUGGAAGGAUGGUAUUUGAGGAUAUUCAGGAUACAUUGUGCGUAGUAUCAUGAUUAGGGUUAUUAUUUUCUUAUCUGUUUAGAUAAUAUCUAAAGGGUGAAUCCAAGAUGUGUAAAUAUUCAGAUGUGCUGAUCUCUUACUUUGGUUAAAAUAGAAAAGACUUUAUUAAACAAAUUAACAUGUACAGGAAUAUGUAAAUUACACAACUGUGGUGUUUAUAACAAAAUCAAAUUUUGCUGGGUUUAAGGAAGGUAGUUAUGCUGAAAUUAUUUUCAUGUAACUUAUUGGUUUAAAUAUGGUAGACAGAAAAAAUACUAUUUGAUUAAUAUUUGUUUUAUUUUUUAACAAAAUUGGUUUUAUUGGGGUAAAAAAUAGUAGCUUAGACCACUAGUUCAUUGUGAAUGUUUUAAAGGAACAGCAUAUACACUGAAUUAACUGAAUUCUAGUGGCUACAUUACUAGCAACAAUACCACACAUUGUUGACCUGUAUUGAUUUUCAACCAAAAACAAAACCAACGUGCAUAUUUUGUUGCUUUAAAACAGUCCAAACUGAAGAUGCUUAAUUGUUGUAGGCGCCGUGUAAGGAGUAGCGGUUAUUGUAACAACUUCGGGGUAAAAUGUGCUGUUAGAUUGAGAUGGCUUCUUGAUUGAGAAUAAACAUUAACAAUCCGGAGGGGGAGAAUGGCUUCGUUUCGUUUAAUUAA